GUGGUGGUGGCCGUGGUUGGUGGCGGCGGCGGCGGCAGCAGCGGAUGCGAUUUUCCGCGCAUUUUUCGGGAGCGAUUUUAUUUCGAGGCGGCGCUAAAGCCCCGAGCCCUCCUCAUGUCGGCUCGGCGACAUUUUACUCGCACUGAGCUCCCCACCAUCACCACCACCACCAUCACCACGACGUGCGGCCACGCUCGGCCGCUCCACCGCUUCUCCUCUUCCUCAACAUCGUCCACCACCACCAACAACAACAGCAGCAGCAGCAACAGCUCCACGGACAUCAGCAACAGCAGCCACCGCGCUUCUUCCAUCUGCCCCGUCGCCAGCUAUAGGGCUGACCUCGGGUCGUUCGACCAUCAACCACCACCACCACCAUCAACAACAACAACCACCAACAACAACAACAACCACCAUCAACAACCACCACCGUCGUGUAGCGCCAGCAGCAAGGCGGAGUUGGCGGUGGUGGUGGAAGGAUUGUGUGUGUGGGGGGUCGGGGAAGGGAUUCCACGGGAACGACUUCUUUCCGGCCAACAACAACAACAACAAACAACAACAACAAACAACAGCAGCAAGCAUCAAGCAGCAGCAUAAUCAGCAAGCGCCUUUGUUGUGUUUCAUCUGAGCGUUGUGAGUUGUUGGGGCGAGCCGUGGUGGUCGUGGCUUUCGAGUUCCGCUCGGGGUGCCCUCUUGUUGUGUGGGGGGUGGUGGUGGUGGUCGGUAGUAGUUGUUGUUGUUUAUAUCGUCGCACGUCCGUCGUUGAUUUCUGACCCACGCGGGCGACUCAAAACAACCAAACAACCAAAACAACCAAACAAAACCACCAACCCAACGCCGCCGCCCCCCCCUCCCCAGCAGCCCCCCACAGCCCCCCAGCAGCCAUGAACAAGCUGUACAUCGGCAACGUGAGCGAGGCAACGAGCGCCGCCGACCUGGAGGGGCUCUUCGCCGAGCGGCAGCUGCCCUGGCUCGGACACUUCGUGCUCAAGGCGGGCGGCUACGCCUUCGUCGACUGCCCCGACGACACGAGCGCUCUGCGGGCCAUCGAGACACUCUCGGGGAAAGUUGAACUCCACGGGAAGGCGCUCGACGUGGACUACUCCGUGGCCAGAAAGCAACGGAACCGGAAAAUCCAAGUCAGGAAUAUACCUCCUCAGCUGCAGUGGGAGGUCCUGGAUGGUUUGUUGGCGCAAUACGGCACCGUCGAAAGCUGCGAUCAAGUGACGACAGACAGCGAGACGGCCGUUGUAAAUGUCACCUUUGCCAGCAAGGACCAAGCCAAACAAGCCCUGGAGAAGCUGAACGGCCACGAACUGGAGAACCACGCCCUCAAGGUGUCCUACAUCCCCGACGAGACGGCCCCGGCGCAGCCGAGCGGCCCCCAGCAGUCCGGCCGCCGCCGGGGCAGCCAGUCUGGCUGCUCGGGGCAGGGAGCCGCGGGCGGUGGCGGCGGCCCCUCCGGACGCGGGCGCCAGCAGGCCGACAUCCCGCUGCGCAUCCUCGUGCCCAGCCAGUUUGUGGGAGCCAUCAUCGGCAAGGAGGGCGCAACCAUCCGCUCCAUCACCCAGCAGACUCAGUCCAAGGUGGACGUUCACCGCAAGGAGAACGCCGGCUCGGCAGAGAAGCCCAUCACCAUCCAAUCGGCUCCGGAUGGCUGCACGGCCGCGUGCAAGAUGAUCAUGGAGAUCAUGUUGAAGGAGGCGCAGGACACAAAGUCAGGUGAGGAUGUUCCUCUGAAAAUCCUGGCCCACAACAACUUUGUAGGACGCCUGAUCGGCAAGGAAGGUCGUAAUCUCAAGAAGAUUGAGCAGGACACGGAGACGAAAAUUACCAUCUCCCCUUUACAGGACCUGACCCUGUACAACCCGGAGAGGACGAUCACCGUGCGGGGCAGCGUCGAGGCGACCUCCAAGGCGGAGGGGGAGAUCAUGAAGAGGCUCCGAGAAGCCUAUGAGAACGACCUAGCCGCCAUGAACCAACAGGGAAACCUGAUCCCAGGGCUGAACUUGAACGCAGUGGGGCUUUUCCCCCCAUCUAUGCCCGGAAUGCCGGCCUCAUCAGGGCCACGUGCCAUGAACACCCCCUACAUGCCGUUUGCGAGUCACCCGUCGUUUGUGGGUGGUGCCUACGGCACGUCUGGUGUCACACCGGCAGUGGCCCAGCCCGCAGCUCAGACGGAGCAGGAGACUGUCUUCCUGUUCAUCCCUACGCAGUCGGUCGGUGCCAUCAUUGGCAAAAAGGGCCAGAACAUUAAGCAGAUCUCAAGAUUUGCAGGAGCCUCCAUCAAGAUUGCACCUCCUGAAACACCUGACGCCAAGGAGAGAAUGGUCACCAUUACUGGCCCUGCUGAAGCACAGUUUAAGGCCCAGGGCAGAAUUUAUGGGAAAUUAAAAGAAGAGAAUUUCUACAACCCCAAGGAAGAAGUGAAGCUGGAAGCACACAUCAAGGUCCCAUCGGCCGCUGCCGGCAGGGUCAUCGGCAAGGGAGGGCGAACGGUCAACGAGCUGCAGAACCUGACGAGUGCCGAGGUCGUCGUGCCGCGGGACCAGGCGCCUGACGAUGACGACCAAGUUGUCGUCAAAAUUAUCGGGCAUUUCUUCGCCAGCCAGACGGCGCAGAGGAAGAUCCGUGAGAUCCUGCAGCAGUUUCGGCAGCAACAGCAGCGUCAGCCACCCGCGUCCGACCUUCCAGGACAGUCCCGGCAGAAGUAGCACCACCCCACCACGCUCGACCUCCUGGCCAGUCCACCAGCAGACACCACAGGGAUGGGGGGAGAGGGCUAGGCACCCAAGCAGGGAGGAACUGCUAAGCACCAGUGUUAAAGGCAGAAAUCCGUACAAAGUUUUCAGUUGUUUUGUAUUGUAACGUCAAUUAACAAAAAAAUGUUUUUGCUUCCCACCAAUUGUCUUAAACCAACGACGAUGAAAUGUGGACUUUGUUUUAUCACCUGCCUUUUAUGGGGGAUUGUAUAUCUCGCCUGGUCCUGUUUCCUCCCCUUUCCCUGUAACCAAAGUAUUGUUUUUCGCUUUCCCCCCCCCCACCAUUUAGAAUUUUUUUGUUAAAAAAAAAUUUGGCUUUUUUUUUUUGAACAGGCAUUGCUUAGUGUUUACAACCGGCUAUUUAAAACCAACGGCAUAAGUCCUUGCUUAGGCAAUGGGAAUCAUUUUAUUAGGUCUUUACUAUUUUUAUAAGACGCAGUGGGACACUGCAAGGGAGCCCAAACUGAGGAGCAAUGAAUGUGCUGGCCAAGGCACAGACACGUGCUUUUUUUUUAAACAGAACUACCUCAGGCGUUAAGUACCUCAGAGUUCCUUUGUUCCUUUGGGAUGUUUUGUAUGCUUUAUAAAUUGAAAGCCUUGAGCAUUUUAUUUUUUUAAUAAAAAAAGGGUAAAAUGUGUGUGGGGCCGUCGGUUUGGGAGAUUGAAAUACCGUUUGUUUUUUUUUUGCUUGCCGAGAUGUACAUUUUCCCACUCCCGAAACCGACAGCUGAGCGUUUGUGAUAAAAAAAAAAAAGUUUAAGUGACGCUUCAGAAAUUUCGAGCCUCAUUUCUACUGAGGUAAUGACACCACCACACGUUUCGCAACGAUGAUAAUGAAGACUACACACCAUGCCUAUGUACACGCCAUCCAAAGAGCAAUGCCAGUUAUGUCAAAACGUAAUAAUAAAAAAAAAUGACCUUUUUACAACAGCGGUGACAAAAGUAAAAAAAAGGUAUCACAAUGUAAGAAGUUGUUUGAUGUGUGUAUCAGGCGGCUAUGAAUACGAACGUCGGACACUGCUGCUAGGCCGAUAAGUAGGACACAGGAUCUUCCGUUUGUUCGCCUGUUUUUCCUGCAGUCAGUUCGGAGGUCUUCUCAGCGGCGGGAGCCUGCGUUGCUGGCUUGCGUGUGUGCGUGCGUUUGUUUCGUUUUUAAAGCUUCGUGCUCCGCUAAUCAAGGAGAGGUCUACCUUUUCUCUGGCCCCCGAUGUGAGAGUGCAAAACCCAUGUGACGGAAAGACGAAUCUCGAGGAGUUUUUUUUUCUUCUUCUUCUUCUUCUGCACGAGUCGCGCUUACUCUGCAGACUAAAUUCUCCCUGCGUGGAACUCGGAGACCCGAUGUAUAUCUGCGAUUGUGUAUGGGGAUCGUCCAAUUACAUCUCUCGCUUUACAGGGUGGCACCCUGUCACACGUAAAUGUCCCAUUGUAAUCGCAGUGUUUACAUUUGGGAGUUGAUGGUCAUCGACAGGGACAUCCUUUCUCUUUCCGCAAGAUGCCACCCUGAUCUGAGAAUAAUAUUUCCCAGUCUCUGACGUUAUGGCGCCUGUGUUCCCUUAAAGCUGUCAGAAAUACCCUCACUUUUAACAGGCUAAUUGUCGUGCUGCUUUUACAGAUGUAUCUGAAUCAAUUUCACAAUGUAAUCAGGAUUUGUGGAUUUUACACGUGCAUGUUUUCUCUUUAAGCAAAAUACAUUGCUGCAUGACCUCAGGUAUAAACUGCAGCAGAAAACCAAGUGUCUCAUCUGACGUGGAGAGAAAAUGUGUUGUUAUUGUGAAUCAUGGUUUUGUGGCAAUGUCGCUUCGACACGAGCGGAUGAACUAUAAUUUGUGACGAAGCCCUCAGCAUGCUAUGGGGAUACCGUUUUUUUGACGGAUCACCUUUAAGGGAACACAGAUUGGUGGGAGUGAAGAUGUUUGAUAUUCCAGCGAUGAUGAUGAUGAUGAUGAGCUGCACAGCGCGUCAUGCCACGCAGCCUUGGUCACGGCAACUGCUAUGCAUGCUGGGAAAUCUGGAUGGCUUGGACCAAUCUGCAGGUGGAAUUUUAUGCACAUUUUAUGGAUAAUGAUGGUGAAAAUUUGCAUCUUGAUUUCACUGUUCUGGAAAAUUGGUAACCAUAAAAAAAUGCAAUCCAUCCGUCGCUGGGAACAGCCUUUGGUAAAUGAAUUUCAGUAAAACAAUUUACUCUCCAAUAAAUUAGUGGCUCCGUAUUUUAGGAUCCACAAUUGGACGUGUCCAGUUCGAAUGUUCGUGCCUCAGCCUUGCCCUGUCACAGCACAUCGCAUAGUCGCUGUUAUUGCUGCAUAUCUAUUAAAACAAUUCAACUAUUUUUUUUAUUUUACCAAGUAAGGCCCACUGAGCUAUGUAUAGCUGUUUUUCAGACGCGAUCUGGCCACAAAUGAUAGCUCAACUCAGUUGGCUCAUCACGUGGAAAUGUAUAGCAGCCAAAUACUCUAAAUUCACGUUUAUAAAUGUGGAGGGGAAAAACCGGAAGACCCGGAGAAAAAUAUACUAAACAUAUCGCCACCGUGGCAUCCAUAUCUGCCUGGUCCACCAACCCCACAUCUCACCACUGCCACGAUCUCAAGGAAAAUCUGGUUUAUCUCUGAUCAAACCGCCAAAGGCAGAUAAUGAAUGUACCCCCAUUAAGACCACACAACAGCAAUACAAAUCUACAGUUGAACACACAUUGCACGGUUCUAUCCCAGGGCAGCAAAAACCUCUUGACGUGUGAUAGAGAAAAAAAAGUAGCAAUUAACUUUGCUAUAUUAUUGUAAUCUAUUUAGCCUCUUUUUGCUUUUUAAGGCAUAUGUGAGGAUCGUUCAAGGUUAACCUACAUGUUUUUUUCUCGUUCAAUAUGCAUAUGAAUUUGUUUCUCGAGGUAGUUUCAUGACUAUCCGUUGGAAUGUACUUCUUUACGCGUGUCUAUGCCAGCAGAAUACAAGUGCACACCUAUGCCUGCUUGCAUAGCGUACGUCACCGCAGGACUUAAUGCCAGCACGUGCCUUGGGGGGAGUGGAUGGGGGGGGGGGCCUCCAGCCACGCAACAUGACAGGGGGGGGGGGGGACACAUUAGGGCCUUGGUGGUGGGCAGCGAGAAACCUUCCGCGCAGAUCUGACCGAGAGCUCGUCCGUCCCGCCUUCUACGUUGGCCACGUUGCGCAUUCCUUGGGCAGCAGAUAACCCAGCACUUGACUCCUGCGCCCAGUUACAGGUGCGGAUCUGUCGCUUUACACCCGCUCCCCAGAUGUCGACGUUAAUGUUGCGCACAAUCGCGACACUUAUUUUCCCGGCCACUGCGAAAGUUCUACGUUUGUGAAAAGCGCACAGCAGGUCGGGUUUAGGGCGGCUAGAAAUGUGCAUCGAUUGUAACCCGAUUUCCGUCUCCUUUGGAAGCCGUUAACUCUGCGUCACUCAAGAGUAGAGUUAUGCUACUUGUUGUCGCCAUACUGUUACCUACAGGCAGUCAAAAGUAUAUCAGGUUUUUUUUGUUUGCUUCCAACGGUGCCGCGUUAUUCUUAGACUCGACACGAGUUUCUCAGUGUUCGGAGAAAAAAAUGAGUAGGUGAAACUUGAACGGGUCCGCGUGUGAACGACGGUGCAGAAAGAAAAAAAACUUGAGCAUCAAAUCGUGCUCAGGGUUUCCGGUAACACUACCCGCCCUACGAAAGCGUUUCGCACAUUUCGGUUGCAACUGAACCGACUUUGAAUCACGGCCUUCACUCAAGUCGUUCACCGACGGUGUGGACGAAAUCGUCGAGGCAUCAAAAAGGGCUGAACGGCGGCGGCGGCGGUGACAACAGCGCCGGACGGAAUGGAAGCGUCAAAAUAUUGGCGGUGCAUUCACCCGAUCUUAAUUCGAUUUUAUGGGAUCGCAGAACGUUGAGAAAAAGGGUUAUUCCCUUGAAAAAACAAUAACGGUGUGCAUAAAACAAAACAAAAAAAAUUCCUCGCGCGCUCCCACCCCAAACAUCCCCCUUGGUUGCACACACAGAGCCCAAUCCUUGUGCGUCGUCCGCGCGCGGAAAGUGGAGCGGCCUUCGUCUGCGCGCGGUACAGCGGCCCCUUGUCCCUUCUCCCCGUGUACAAGGCGCCGCAAUUGCCGAGAAUUCCGAAGAGGGGAUCUAAAAGGUGCAUCCAAAUAUGGGGAAACUUUUCCCACGUCCCCCCUUUACAAAAGAGCUCAUCUUUAUGCUGGAUCUACCUCUUCAGAUUUGUGCGGUGUGCAUUGCUGUCGUGGUAAAAAAACAACUCAUGUCCGGUUGAAUAGAUCUUAAUUGCAGUUGUAGUGGGUAAUACACCUGGUUAUAUCGGUAUAUAAAAUUUAGUCUUUUUAAUAUACAGAUUUGAUUCGACAGCUGAUAAGAGGGGGGGGGGGACAAUGUUUUUUUAAUUUAUGGCAACGCAGGACAAAAAAAAAUCUCUGACGUGGGGCAGGAGUGGAGAGGUCAUUGGAGUAGAGUUUUUGUUUUAUCACUUCCGGACGUCAUGAACAUUGAAUUGUGGAAAUGGACCCGACAGGUGUUCAUUUCCACACUUUCAUGUUUUUUCUUUUCAAGUAAAUUGACAAUUUUUAUCAAACAUAACUACUGCUAGUCCUAGACAUUUAUUUCAACACAAAACUUGUUGGAAUUAACAAAGGUUGGUUUAUUAAAAAAACGUGUUUUUCUUUUGAAAAAAAAAUUGCCUCUUUUUCUGCAUAGCUAAUCCAUAUUCUUGUAGUUCGUUAUUUUGACGGUGAAGUUGUCUGGGCUGUUUUUUUGUACACUUUGGCUCCGUGUGUGCAAGAAGGGUUGUGGUUCUCUCAUCACUCAUCGCUUAUUGCCCAGAUGCGACUUCAUUUGUCGGCUUUUUUAUGGAUCCGUGAUGUUUUUAGUUUAAUUCUUUCUUGCUGUUGAUUUACCUCUAAUAAUCAUUUUUUUAUUUAUCUAUCAUUCCCAAGUCUCCUGCUGCUGCUGCUGAGAGUGUGAGCAAUGUACACAUGCCAGUCCUGUUAACGGGCCCAUGUCAGUUCGCAUUCAACAACCAGGUUGCACUGUGCUCGGACCCCCAUACAUAGAUUUGAUUUAUCACGUCUCUUCAUAUCAGACAUGGCAGUUGCAGUGAACUCAACUCUCAAUAAAAAUUGAAGCAGUUUUGAA